CUAACUCACACGCACAAAGACACCACAAAAGAUGAGAUGAAAGAGAGAAAGAAGGAGAGAGAGAUGAGAAGCGCAUCCGAAGCCACACUAGACCAAAUCUUGUUUCACGAGGAUCAAGAUCAUAUGGCAUCCCAACAGCUUCAGUUUUUAUGCGGCGUUUCUUCAAGCUGCAAUAAUAAUAACACUACCACUCCUCCAUUUGAGACUCUAAAAACCCUCACCACACCCUCUCUUGCCCCACUGCCUUCUCUUCAUGAAUUUUCAUCCACUCAUAAUAAUAACCAUCAUCAAAGAGAUGGCAUGUUUUCCCUCUUUGGAGCACCCCAACUCCUUUCCUUGCAGAGAUCGACUCCAUACUUGUGGGAAUGGGAAGAAACGAAUGAGUGCAUAAUGAGAAGUAGUAAGAAGUUGGGGGUGACAUCACUGGCCACGAAGAUGAAAAAGUCAACCAGAAAGAAGGUGAGAGAGCCAAGGUUCAGCUUCAAGACCAUGAGUGAUAUGGAUGUGUUGGAUGAUGGGUAUAAGUGGAGAAAAUAUGGCCAAAAAGUUGUCAAGAACACUCACCAUCCCAGGAGUUAUUAUAGAUGCACACAAUAUAAUUGUCGGGUUAAGAAACGCGUGGAGAGGUUAGCAGAGGAUCCAAGAAUGGUAAUAACAACAUACGAAGGUCGACAUGUCCACUCCCCAUCUCAGGAUGAUGAAGAUGAUCUGCAUUCGUCCUCUCAACACAGUCACAUCUUUUGCUAAUCGAUCGAUUAUCAUCCCACACAUACAUUAAAACUAUAUAUUCCUUUUAAUUACCUUGUUGUGUUGUUUCAUUGAGAGGUACAUUGUACUCUACCAAACUUCUAUACAGACAUUAAAACUAAUCUAUUUAACCACAAUACAAAGGUUUUAUUAU